AAAUCUUGUUUGAGAAAGUAAAUUUUGAACCGAGACCCAUUCGGCGGUGAUGGUGAGUAACGUCUUUGCCCAUGUGAAAGAAUAAAAUAAGUAAAAAGAGGCGCACGAUCGAAGUCUUCGACAAGCCUGUAACGCUAAAGUCGCUGCUGCAAAACGUAACACAACUUCUUUCUCACAGAUCUCCGUCUUCCACAGUCUAUUUCUCUGGAUCUCAUCGAAGCCCAUAACAUUUUCCUCUUCUUCUUUAACCCAACUCUAAAUCAACACCAAAACCAUGUUCCUUGUUGAUUGGUUCUACGGCGUUCUCGCUUCUCUCGGUUUAUGGCAAAAAGAAGCCAAGAUUCUCUUCUUAGGCCUCGACAACGCCGGCAAAACCACCCUCCUUCACAUGUUGAAAGACGAGAGAUUGGUACAGCACCAGCCGACCCAACAUCCCACAUCGGAGGAGCUGAGCAUUGGAAAAAUCAAGUUCAAAGCUUUCGAUUUGGGUGGCCACCAGAUCGCUCGCCGUGUGUGGAAAGAUUACUAUGCUAAGGUGGAUGCAGUAGUUUACUUGGUAGAUGCCUAUGACAAGGAGAGAUUUAUGGAAUCAAAGCGUGAGCUGGAUGCCCUCCUUUCAGAUGAAGCUCUAGCCAAUGUUCCUUUUCUCAUUUUAGGAAACAAGAUUGACAUUCCCUAUGCAGCUUCAGAAGACGAGCUCCGAUAUCAUCUUGGGCUGGCUAAUUUCACAACUGGUAAGGGGAAGGUAAAUCUUUCAGAGUCCAAUGUUCGACCCCUUGAAGUCUUCAUGUGCAGUAUCGUGCGCAAGAUGGGAUAUGGUGAUGGCUUCAAAUGGCUCUCACAAUAUAUCAAGUAGAGUUUGAUCAGAUCAUUUGGCAAUGCUGUGUAUUCGUUCUUCUGAGAUUUUCUAUUUUUCUUCCUGUCAUUUUUCGCUGUCUCUGACAAAAGUUGAAUUGAAGAUUUGAAAAUUUUGUUCCCUUUAUUAAUUGCUAAUGAAGACUUUAUUAUUAUUGCAUUA